AUGUUUACCAUCAUUCACACUCUCCUACUCCUCCUUGGUCUUGAACGCACCCUCCGCUCUCACGAGUCACAGCCCCGUGUCUGGGGUGGCAUUCUAAUCACAACCGCUGCGUUGGGCUCUGCCCUCGAAUACUACCAGCUCUCUACUUUCCAAUGGGUGGUAACAGCUAUAUUAUAUACUAUCUGUUUCCUGGCUGGGGUAGCACUAUCGCCUGUCCAGAUCCUGUUAGUUUUCUGGCAAAAGCCGAGGAAUGAGGUGCGUACAGGCAUAGACGUGCUCUAUGAGCCGGAGGACGCGGAAGAUAUCAGCGUGGACAUCAUUGCGGUCCAUGGGCUUGGUUCAGAUCCCGAUUGGGCAUGGACAUACUGGGAAGUCGCUGGUGGGGUCGAGGUGUCGAACAACGUUAUGUGGCUGCGGGAUCUACUGCCGCAUGCGCUACCGAGCGCAAGGAUCAUGGUCUUUAACCAUGAUUCGGCGUGGCGGUUUGAUGCGCCGGUAAAGUCCGUGCAAGAUUGCGGGAAUCAACUGUUGGAUGCAGUGAGAACGUGCCGGAAGAGUGAUGAGGAGAAUAAAAGGCGAAUAAUAUUCAUUGGCCAUAGCUUUGGUGGUAUCGUAAUCAAGAAGGCACUUGUAACGGCCGGUCAAAAGAGCGCUGAGGCCCGCUACCAAUCUCUUUCGGAGUCGUUUCUUGGCGCCCUCUUCCUCGGUGUCCCCCACGAUGGAUCCCCGCUGACCAAGGCCGGCGUAGUCGUAUCCUAUAUUACGUACUGGCUAGGCUCACGCACCGAGCUUCUAGAGGCACUAAAGCCGGGGACAGAGGCGCUGUGGGUGCUGAACGAUGCCUUCCUGAAGGGAUAUGGGACAAGUGAACAUCAUAUUGUCAAUUUUUGCGAAACAAGGAAGACACAGAAAUGGGGGAUACCGUUUUUGCUGGCGGUAGACCAUAAGGCGAGUAGUAUGGCAGGGAAGGCCAAUGUAAUGCUGGAGUGUGAUCAUAUGCGGAUGAACAAGUUCAAGUCAGAGGUGGAUGGGAACUACCAGCUAGUACUGAGGGAGCUGAUCGAGAUGGUGGAAAGGGUACAGAAAGACCGAGCUGGUGUUGUAACAGAAGAACUCGAAAAAUGUCUAAGUACCAUAUACUUUAAGGAACUCGAUGCCCACUUUAACAAUGUUCCUGAGGCCGAUGAGUCAACUUUUGACUGGAUCUGGGCCGACACCAGAAUCUUAGACUGGCGUGUAGCGAGCCCUGGGAUACUCUGGAUCGUCGGCAAACCCGGCUCUGGAAAAUCAACUUUGUGCAAGUACCUCUUCGGGGGUCUCUCUGAGGAAGCCGAAGACUUGAGUGGCACAAUAGUAGCCGAAUUCUUCUUCAACGCGCGGGGGGCAAGUUUUGCACAGUCAUUCCGAGGAUUGCUUCAAGCGCUGUUGUACCAGACUGUCCGCAAGGUUCCUGUAACGUCAAAAUAUAUACUGCCUGAGUACAGAGCGAUCAAGGAUAGACUUGAUGGCGGAGGGGAAUGGCCAUUGAAACUCCUACUCGAUAUUCUCCUCGAUAUCAUCGCGGAUCCGGCGAUCAAAUCUAUGCACUUACUUAUCGACGCUUUGGACGAGUGUUCCGCCUUUGAUUCCACCGCACAGACGAGUGAGGAAGAUGCAUUAACAAGAGAGUAUCUUUCGACAAUAUUUUCUGUAGCUCUCUCCAACUCACGCUUCAAGAUACUCGUCACUAGCCGCCAUCGACGCUUUCCCGGGAUACUUGACGUGGGCUAUGAACAGCUCACUCUUGAGACCAUGACAAGGAGUGAUAUCCGGAACUUUUUGGAACGAAGAAUAGUGGCUAUUCCCGCAGAGCAUAGGGAGUUCGUACAGGCAGACCUGAUGAGACGGGCAUCAGGGGUCUUCCUCUGGGUGAAGCUUGUGCUUGAUGAGUUGAUAGAUGAGUGUGCGGAGAUCUCGGAUGAGGAGCUGAAGCAAAUAUUGAUAUCCAUUCCGAAUAAACUUGAUUCCCUCUACGCUCGCAUGCUGAAUAAACUUGUUGCUACUCUAAAGGCACCACAACUUGCAGAGACAAAACUGAUGUUUGAAUGGGUCUCCCUGGCCGAGCGGCCCUUGACGGUAGCGGAAUUUCGCUAUGCCAUCGCUCUCAGUCAGCAUAAGUUUGCCUCUACUGACAGCUUCGAGAAAUCUGGAAAGGUCCAAAGACUUGAUCAAACUCCCGAACGUCUCAAAAGCCGGUCAGCGGGCCUCCUAGAAGUGAGGGCAGAUACUGUACAGUUCAUUCACCAGUCUGCGAAGGAGUUCUGCCAGAAUCCCGCCGAAUUUACCUCGCCCUUCGGAUUUUCCGUAUUGGAUGCCCAUAUUCGCAUUGCAGUUGUCUGCACCGAGUAUCUGAGCUGGGCUGAAUUCAGCUCGAUAAGUAUCCCGGACCUCCAACUCGAGAAUCAUCUCGGGCCGACAUAUCGAAGGGGUGCCACAGAACCAUUUCUUCUUUAUGCCGUGCGCUGGUUCGUACAUGCACAGCUCGCUGAUGCAAGUGGUAAUCCACUGCUGAAGGAUAUUGUAUGGGUGUUCGCAUCAUCCAGGUCCUCCGUCUCGCCCGCCUGGCCGCUCUCUUUCGCGGCGCAGAACAACAUGCUCCGCUUCCUAACUUACCUUCUUGACCAGGGAAUGGACGUUAAUCUCGGGGAUUAUCAUGGUAGCCACAUCGGAAGCCCCCUCCAACACGCAGCGCAAAAGGGACAUAUUGAGAUAGCGAAAGCCCUAAUCAGUAGAGGUGCAGACGUAAAUUUGAAUCACCCCAAGUUCGGGAACGCCCUGAUGGGUGCAAUAAGGGCUGGGCAGAGAAAUAUGGCAAUGCUCCUGCUGGAGAAUGGCGCGGACCCAAACCUCCGAGCUACCAUGGGCGGCACUGCGGUGAAUGAAGCUAUCGUCACGAGGGAUGAAUCCUUUGUCAAGCUGAUCCUGGACAGAGGGGGGAAUGUUAAUGACGAGACCGGGAGCCCUUUAAGACAUGCAGUGACAAGCCUAUUUAAUGCGGAGAAACUGGUACAGAUAUUGCUAGAUCGAGGCGCCGAUGUGAAUAAGCAGGGCGGCAGCCAUGGGGAUGCUCUUCGUGAGGUGAUAUGCUGGAACGGAAAUGAGAAGGUUGUGAGGAUGCUGUUGGAUAACGGAGCUCAUAUUGAUGCCCAGGACGGCGACAGAUACGAGUCAGCACUCCUCUGCGCGGCCGAGAAGGGAAAUAUAAAGGUCGUGAAAUUACUCCUAGAUAGAGGGGCGAGGAUAAAUGCCCAGAGCGGAUGUUAUGGGACUGCAUUACACGCAGCUGCCAGUGAAAAGGGACGAAAGGAGCUACUAGCACUAUUAUUAGAUAGAGGCGCUGAUAUAAAUGCCUUAGGAGGCCAUUAUGGGACCGCGCUGCAGGCGGCGGCAGCAUACCCGGGCCCAGAAGGCAACGUGGAGGUUGUCAGGUUUUUGUUAGAGCGAGGAGCAGUUAUCAACACUGCGGGUGGCAUAUUUGGUAACGCUCUCCAGGCAGCGGCGCUUAAUAGGGGUAACGAAAAGGUUGUAAAACUGCUCCUGGAUAACGGCGCGGACAUAAACUCAAGCGGCGGCAAAUAUGGGAGUGCGGUGCAAGCAGCAGCGAGGGGCGGGAGUGAUCAGAUUAUAGAAAUGCUUCUCGAUAACGGUGCAGACGUAAACGCGCCAGGCGGUAAAUAUGGAAGCGCGCUACAAGCAGCUGCGAGAGGCAAGAACGAGAAAGCGAUUCAAAUUCUCUUAGAUCGCGGGGCUGAUGUCAAUGUUCGCGGCGGCAAAUUCGAGACAGCGUUGAUGGCAGCAGCAUACCAGGAAGAUGAGGAACUGGUAAUCAAGCUGCUAGAGGGAGGUUCAGAUGUCAAUAUCCCCGGCGAUAUUUGCGGGAAUGCCCUUCACAUAGCUUCAACCACAGGGAUGGAAAAGGCGGUUGAGCUAAUCCUGGAGAAAGGUGCCAAUGUCAAUGCUCAGGGCGGCCAAUUUGGCAACGCCCUUAACGCAGCAGCAUACGGAGGCUACGAGGCAAUAGUUGAGCUUCUAUUGAAUGUAGGAGCAGACGUUAACGCCCCGGGUAUCGAAUACGAAAGCGCUCUUCUUGCUGCCGCCUACGAGGGUUUCGAGGGUAUCGUAAUGUUAUUAUUGGAGCAUGGCGCAGACAUCAACAUCAAAAGUGAGAUCCGCGGAAGCGUUCUUAGUGCAGCAGCUUAUAGUGGCCUUGAGGAGGCGGUCGAGGCACUACUGAGUAAAGGCGCAGAUGUUAACGCCUGCCCGGGACCUCCGGGAGCUGCUAUCCACUCUGCCGCACAAGAAGGCCGGGGGCGUGUCAUCCAACUUCUCUUAGAUAACGGCGCAGACAUCAACCUCAAGUCCGGUUCUCUCCACACUGCACUCCAGGCUGCAGCUUCCACAAACAACGGGGAUAAGGUAUUGAAAUUGCUUCUGGAUCAAGGUGCUGAGGUUAAUGCCCAGGGGGGGUACUACGGCACCGCCCUCCAGGCCGCAUCAGUGAAACCCCGGGGGUGGAAAGCCGUAGAACUGCUGUUGAGCAGAGGGGCGGACGUCAAUGCACAGGGUGGUAAGUAUGGGAAUGCGCUACAGGCAGCCGCUUGGAAAGGAGAGCAGAAGACUGUCGAGGUCCUUUUGGCUGCAGGGGCAGAUCCGGGGAUGGAGGUCCGGGUCGAGGACUCAUCGGAGUCGUUUGACAAUGCCAUCGAGGCGGCGGAGAAGAAAGGCCGGAUACAGCUGGCGGAGAUGAUAUUUAAUGCCUGGGUGCGGAAGGUCGCAGAAGCUGGGGAUGGUAGAGUGGGGGUUAAACUUCCUUAA